AUGGCCCAGAACUACAUUGCACAGAAGCGUCUGCAUGCGUCGAGCAAGGAAGAGGCGGCGGCCCAUCGCCAAGCCUCCGACGACAGUGACGAGUCGGAGCCCGAGAACGAUGCCGAGCCUGCAACGCAGCCGCGUGGCAAGCAGCUGCGCUUUCCCGUCCCGGCCGCCAGCACCGAGGGCUCGGCCUCGGACGAAGACUCGGACGACUAUGCGUCUGUCAGCAGUAGCGACUCGAGCGACAGCGAGGACGAAGCGGCCUCGGCCCAAGUCCCGGAGAAAGAGCCACAGUACAUUAUUCUUGGCGCCCGCGCCCGCAAGCGCGUGCGGCCACCCAACGCGUACUACAGAAACAUGGCAGCCUACGUGCGCGGCUGUCUCCUCCUCGUACGGUCCAAGACCAAAACAGACCUCGACGACGCGGGACACGUAGCGUUCCGGGCCGCGCUGGCAGCCAACACCGUCGAGCGCGUCGUGAUCGCAGACGCACCACCCGAGGUCCCGAAGCCCGUCGAGGCGCCACACGUGGCCAAGCCCGUGGAUGAGAAGAAGGAGAAGAAGAAGACCGAGUCCGAGAAACGAAGUAGCGCCAAGAAGAAGGAGGCGCCGAGCUCGCCAGCCAAGCCGGCACCGACGACCGUGACGCCGCCGCCCAAAGAGAUCGCCAAGCUCCCGCCCAAGCCCGUGCCCGUGCCAAAGGCGGACUUUAGCGCGAAGCGGUCAGCCCCGGUCGCCGAAGCGCCACCGGCCAAGAAGGCCCGGACGGCCGGUCAAUUCCUGAUCGCGUCAUCCGCCGAUGUGGCCGACACGGCGCGCAUCCUCAAGGAGAUGGACGAGCUGCGAAAAGAGGGCGUGAGCCUCAAGCACUCGGGCGACCGCAAGACGGACAAGUCGGCCACGGGCGUCGAGUACCUCCGCGCCAGCAUCAAGUUCCUCCGCCAGGCGCUGCUCUUCUCGGACCUCAAGGCCAUCUCCAAGAUGACCAACGACCAAGUGAAAGCUGCCAAGUGGGGCAAAGACUCGACGUCGACGAUUGCGCAAACAGCCGCGCUCAUUGAGAGCACGAUCGGGCUCUUCAAACAGGCGGGCAACCGCCGGCUCAUGGCCGUGAGCUACAAGCUGGCGGCGAUCGUGUACUUGACGUCGUACCGCCUCCAGCACAACAUGCUCUACGGCCACUACUCGCAGCUGCACAUGGCCGGGCGGUCGCCCGACGGCCUCGGCGCGCCGGUGCUAAGUCCGGACCAGGAAGGCAUGCGGCGGCUCAUUCUGCGCGAGAUGGGCCAGGUCAUGCGCGGUUUUGACUUUUGGCGCUACUAUGAAAGCACGGGCAUGAGCGUGCUCCCGGACGUGACGGACCCCGUCACGGUCGACUUUAACGUGCUCUGGGACGCCCUCGAAGUCGAGCUGAGUGCGAGUCCGUAA